ACUGUGUACCCACUUGUUAAAGUCUAGAUCUGCUUGUGUGUCUACUGAACAACCACCUUAUUAUGGCAGAUUUCGACUUCAGAAAUAUUGGUGACUUGGAUGACAUCAAAAGACAGUACGAUGAAUUUGGAUAUAUCAUAAUACGAAAUAUCUUUAACAAGGAUGAAAUUUCCAGGAUAAGGAAUGCAUUUGAUAAUCCAAACGGAGUACUGAAACACCAAUACAAGAUACCCUCAGGGGGAGGUCGAGAUGUCAUAUUGAGUCUUUGGAACAAUCCCGGAAAUGACGUAACAGGAAUGGUUGCUCGCAGUGAAAAGAUCGUCAAUAUAUGUGAAAACCUGCUAGGCGGUGACAUUUUCCAUUUCCACGCUAAGGCCAUAUUGAAGCUGCCAUCUAUUGGCGGGCAGUUCGUCUGGCACCAGGAUUAUGGAUACUGGUACAAACAAGGGUUUCUGUAUCCUGACAUGAUGACGGUUUCGAUAGCAGUCGAUGAAAAUACAAAAGAAAACGGCUGUUUGCAGGUGUUACGUGGGUCUCACAUGUGUGGUCGGUUAUCUCACGGAUUUUACGAAGGAGAACAGAUGGCAGAUCCUGAAAGAGUGUCGAAACUGAAGAAUAAACUUAAGUUAGAAUAUGUUGUACUGAACCAAGGUGAUGCCGUGUUUUUCCACUCCAAUCUGCUUCACAACAGUGGCAACAACAUGAGUUCAAAAAGAAGACUGGCAUAUGCCAUCGCAUAUUCAGCGGCCUAUAAUGAUUCUGUAGCGGAACAUCCAUUUGCUCACUACAAUCCCAUUGAAAAGGUGACAGAUAGUGCUAUAGCUGAAUGUGAAAAUGAGGAGGACUUGACCGGAAAAGUGUUCCUUAACCCGAAGGACGACAUCACUGUUAAAUCUAAACUGGCGUCGUGAACAUCGCUAAUGAGAUACUAUACAAUGACACGAUCUAGCUCAUUUAAAAAAAAAUCGAUACUUAUGAUUGUAGUAUAAAAAUAAUAAAUGAUACAGCU